AUGGCUUUGCUCUAUAGCCUCGAUAUGCUUCUCCUCUCAGUUUUGUUGUUUGUUUCUAUUUCUGUAUUCCUUUACAGGAGAAGGUCCCAUCCUGCUACUAAUUGGCCUGUUUUUGGGAUGACCCCCCAUCUCAUUCUGAAUGCUUACCGAGUCCAUGAUUUCGCCACUGAUCUUCUCAAACAGAACCAUGGUACUUUCAUGUUUAAAGGUCUUUGGUUCGGCAAUAUGGAUAUGCUUGUCACCUCGGACCCCACCAAUAUUCACUACAUGUUGAGCAAGAACUUCCCAAACUAUCCUAAGGGACCAGAAUUCCAUAAGAUUUUUGAUAUCCUUGGAGAUGGGAUCUUUAACUCAGAUCACGAGGUAUGGGAAAUCCAAAGGAAAACAACCAUGUCUCUACUCAAACACCCAGACUUCAAUUCUCACCUGGAAAAAAAUAUUAGGAACAAGAUCGAGAAAGGGCUUCUCCCUCUCCUUGAUUUGAUCUCCCAUAAUCAGCAAGCCAUCGAUUUGCAGGAAAUAUUUCAGAGGUUUACUUUUGACGCUAUCUGUGCAUUACUUUUAGAUUAUGAUCCUGAAACCCUGUCCGUCCAUUUACCAUAUAAUGCCUGCGAGAAGGCCUUCACUGAUGCCGAAGAAGCUCUUCUGUGGAGGCAUGUGUUGCUCGAAAGAGUUUGGAAGUUGCAACAGAGAUUCGGGAUGGGCAAAGAGAAGAAGUUGACCGAAGCUUGUAAGGUUUUUGAUGAAUUUAUUUAUAAAUGCUUGUCACGGAAAGAAGAGUUUGGUAAUGAUGGAAUAGUAGAGAAGGAGGAGACGACCGGGUUGUUAGAAUCUUUAAUGACAAGUUUCCAAGGACAAACUGGGAUUUCAGGGGACUCGAGAAGGUUUUUAAAAGAUACGAUACUGAAUCUGAUGAUUGCUGGGAGAGACACCACAAGCACAGUUCUUUCAUGGUUUUUCUAUCUCCUUGCCCAAAACCCUAGCAUAGAGAGCAAGAUCCGAAGGGAGAUUGAGAGCCAAGUUGGUGGUUCAGAUUGGAAAUAUUGUUUGGGUGUAAAAGAGUUGAAGAGUCUUGUUUAUCUUCACGGAGGUUUAUGUGAAGCAUUACGGCUGUAUCCCCCUGUUGCUUUGGAGCACAAGUCGCCAUAUGAGGCAGACGUCCUUCCAAGCGGACAUGCAGUGAAUGAGAACAGCAAGAUUAUUCUGUCGUUCUACUCCAUGGGAAGAAUGGAAUGGAUAUGGGGGAAGGACUGCAUGGAAUUUAAGCCGGAGAGAUGGUUUUCAGGAGGAAAAGGAGGGAUAAAAUACGUACCAUCUUAUAAGUUUACAGCGUUUCAUGCGGGGCCACGGACAUGCUUGGGUAAGGAAAUGGGUUUUAUUCAGAUGAAAAUGGUGGCGAUUGCAAUCAUUUAUCAUUACCAUAUCGAGGUGGUCGAAGGUCAUAAGGUUUGUCCAAGCGAUUCCAUUAUACUCCAGAUGAAACAUGGUUUGAAGGUCAGGCUCAGCCCUAUUAAUUAGGCAGAUCAGGGCUUGAAGAUUGAAUUACAAAACAAAUUAAGGAAAGUAACUUUCAUGAAUUAUUUUUACUUUUUUUUUUUUUUUUUUUUUGCAAAACUGAUGUGGGGUGUAGAUAUAGUGUAUGUGUACAAGCAUGUAUGUUUAAAAAAAUAAUUUGAUGGUUAAUAGCUAAAUUAUGAGUGAUAAUAUUUGUAGCUUUGAAAUUAAUAUAAGGUAAUGUAAAUGAUCUCCCUUAAGUUAUUUUAUAAGGGCAUAAAAUCAUUUUUUUGGGUUUAAAUGUCAUUUUAGAAAAAACUGAAGUGUACCCCUUGCCUUUUCAUCAAAUUCACAUAUGUUCUACCUCCUUUUAUAUAACAACAUCUCCACUUCCUCAU